GUUUAUGAUUCAAGUGUGGAUAAUAUGGAACCUGGAAUACUAAAAAACGUUCCUUAUAAUUUAGGAUUUUUUGACGAAUGUCUAGGAUUUAAAAGUGAAAAUUACACAGGAAGAUAUUGUUUGGGGGAACGAGAAUCGUCUUUAAUAAACUUAACCACGACAUUUUUGGACACCAAUGAAAAAUUUCUGUUGAUCCAAAAUUCAAACCAAUAUUUAUUUAGAAGAAACACUAGUGAUGUCGUUAAAAGUUAUAACGGGAGAUGUCUACCAACUGUCUGCAAUGAAAAUGACUUUAAAUUAGUUUUUGGAGACACCGUGUAUAACAAGUCAUGUUAUACCAAGGAUUUGGGUAAAGAAUUGCCUGGGAAAACUCGUAUGACAAUAUACUUACUUGGUGCCUUAAUUAUUUUGGUGGUCAUAUCUUCUGUGUAUGAAUAUUUGACGUUUGCUAUUAAAAAAAUGCCCUAUUGCGAAAUAUGUACAACCUUUUCUGUCAUAACAAACUCCAAGAAGUUAUUCAAAAUACCUGAAAAUACAGAUACAGAACUUCUUUGUUUAAAUGGUUUAAAAUCGUUAAGUAUUUUUUGGAUUAUUUUUUACCAAGAAUGGAAAAUAUUGUCUAUGGGUCCUGUAGACGAUUACGAUAAUAUUUUACGUUUUCUUGAUAAAAAACUUAACGUGUUUUUUCUACAAGGGGAAAUGGGGAUUGAUACUUUUUUUACUAUUGGAGGAAUUUUAACUUCAUACAACGUCAUGAAAAAUUACCGCAAAAAAGAGCAUUUUGGAUUUUGCGAUGUUUUAAGGAUAACUUUGCAUAGAAUUGCUAGGUUAACGCCACCUUUGGGAAUUAUGGUAUUGAUAUAUGCCACUGUGUUGCCUGAAAUAGGUACUGGUCCCCUUUGGAAAAAUAUGGCAGAUUCCUUAUCAACACCUUGUAAUCAAUACUGGUGGAGUACUAUACUGUAUGUUCAGAAUUAUGUGAACCCUGAGUCUUACUGUAUUGUUCAGUCAUGGUAUAUAUCAGCGGAUAUGCAACUGUUUUUAAUUAGUGGUUUUAUUUUGCUUAUGUUGGUAAAAUUUCCGAAAACCACCAUUGUAUUUAUUUUGGUAUUAAUUUUCAUUGGUUUUGGAGUCAACUUUAACAUAAGCUACGUAUAUGAAUUACCGAAUGGAAUAUUUAUUCUGGAUGAAAAAUCUGACGAAUAUUUUAAAAAAUUCCACUCAAUGCCUUACUGUCGCUACUCAGUAUAUUUACUGGGGAUAUUAUGUGGUUGUUCACUUCACAAACUAAAAAAAAAAAGUUUGACCUACAAAUUGACAAUGUUAGGCAAUGUUAUAGCAUGGAUAAUAACAUUACUGAUAAUAAUUGGUUGCAUAUUUUCUCCAUUAUUUAUUACAGAUAGAGAAAAAAAUAUCGUAGUAAAUUCUAUUUAUAAUUCUGUAAUAAAACUCAUUUUUUCUAUGGGGAUUUGUCUUUUGGUAUUAUUAUGUGCUACAGGCAAUGGGGGUUUUAUAAGCAAGUUUUUAUCCCUUAAGAUUUUUAGGGUGUUAUCAAAAUUGGUAUACCCUUCUUAUUUGAUACAUUUUGCUGUGAUAUCAUGCAGGGUUUUUUCUACAAGAAGUGCCUAUUCAAUAUCAGAAUAUUAUGUUGUUUUUAACUAUUUUGGAGACCUUAUUGUAACAUUUAUAUUAGCAGCCAUUUUAGCCAUAUUAAUAGAUUUUCCAUGUAGGGGAAUUUAUAAAGUUAUCUUUGAAAAAAAUUGUUGUGAAAGAAGAUUGAGCAAGUUUUUGGAAAAAUCUAGACCCCAUGAGUCAUCAUUAAACCAAUGAAAUUAAAGGGAAAAUGAAACAUUUUAUGAUUCUAUUUAUUUAUUUUGAUAUUUUUACACUAAUAUAGGUAACUACAUUUUAUAACGUAGUAAUACAUGGUUUUUAUAUAAUUUAUUGUCAUUUUAUUUAGAAAAUGUAAUACAGGGUGUCCUACGCGUCACAGAAAAAUGGAGAUGCCAAAUUUAAAAAUAAAAAUGUCUAAGGUUUCUGUGGCGCGAGUUCUGGGACACCCUGUAUAUUGUAAAGAAAUUAUAUGUUUUUUGAUAUGCUACAACAUUACAUAGACACCUAUAAUUCAUAGUAGGUAUAAAUUAUUUUUUUUAGAAAAAUGUUCAAAAUUAUUAUUUUGUAAAUAAAAGAUACUUACAAUCUGUUAUUCUUUAUUUAAAAUUCUACCCAACCUGUUAAUUAAAAAAAACUUGGACUUGUUAUCAAAUAUCCAAUUAUCAUGUGUCUCAGUGUUACUUCUGAACACAUGGACAAGGCCUUUUUUCAACUGUUUCAGUGCACGGUUUGCCCGAUUUCGAUUGGGCCAAAACGAACCGCCUUCUUGAUGAAACUUCGUCCACGCAAUUCGAGCUGCAUAGACUCCAAUUGGUCCACUGAGAAAAAAGACAGUCGCGCGUUUCGCGGGCGAUUUCUUUCACGUUGUUGCAGGCUACGUAGCAUUUUCUAGUUCUCGCCAGUUUUUUCGGGCAUUCUUUUCCACCGUUGCGAGGGUAAACCUGAAAAUGUGAGUCAGCAAUAUACUUAAAAUAUACUUAAAUAUACUUUUAUUUUUCGCGUUUUGAUCUUUUUGCCCGCUCCGCAUUCACGUUUCGAUAUACAGGGUCCGUAAUCUGUCCAAGGUGAUAACACACAAUCGUUUUUUCCACUUGGCUUGCCUUUCAGUAUAAUUAUUUUUGAUGAUAUGUUUGUUGGGUUUUGAUGUUCUGAAAACAUACAAUACUGUGAAAUAUCCUGAUUUUGUAGUUAUUAAUGUUACCUAUAGUUGAGUUUCUAAUAAAAAUAACGGCUGAAAAUAAUCGUAAAUAAAAAUAUAUUUAGUUUUAGUUGAAUUCUUACCAUAUGGUUGUUCGUUUUGAACGUUGUAUGAAACUAUUCCUGAAAGGCUGACAUUCACGUCUUUUUUCUUUGAGGAGUAAUUUGCUAACAAUUCUUCUAAAAUAUAAAAUACUAUAUUAAAUGUCCAUCAAUCAUCAAAAAACAUACCUUGGUUUUUAUAACACAACUUUUGACAUUGUUCCAAGGUAUUAAAAUUAUUCAAAUUUCCUUCACAACCACUAUAAUUAAAAAUCUCACACUCUCCUUUAAUAUUAUUGUAAUACCACCUAUCCAUAGUACUUUUACAUGGACCAACAUCCAUAGGCAGCUUACAAACAAUACCU